CAUGCACACAAGUUAAAUUGAAUCGUUUAAAUGAAUUUCACAAAUUUGGUUACGCUGCAAAAAUAUUGAAAAUGACGGUUAUUCUUCAAUGAUGUGACAUCUAUUCGAAUGUGUUACUAGUGUUUCAUAAUUGUGUUAUCGUUGGUUGUGGUUUACUAUGUGUGUAUGUCAUCUGGGUUCCUUCCAUAAUACUUGGACUGAAAGUCAAUAUAGAUGGUGUCAUGAGCCUAACUAUUGGUGCAUCAACCUGGUAUGAAAGAUCACUGUAUAUGAAAUAAUUGUCUAUGUUGUAGAGAAGGUAAUUCAGAAAGUGCAGUAUUAGUUAUGCUUCGACUUGUUGAUGGUCUGCAAUGCCAUUUACAUGGCAUCAAAUUUUACAACACGAGAGCAAUGAAUAUUGAGAAGUUGAAUCGAUCAUACCUACUUAUUUUGUAGUUGCGUGCAUAUACAGGCCUUUAACGUACACUGUUGUUCAUCAAACGAUAUUCUUUGAUUUUCGACAUUAAGUCAUCAGUGAUUUACCCGCAUAUAUAACAUAAUUUACCAACAUUUUGUCUUUUACAGUAACUUUGAUGCAACUAGAUUUUCUCAUCACCAAUCAUGCGAUUUGCAUAUUCACUCUGUUGCUCCCAUGCCAUCCAUCUCAAUAAAUUAACAUGACCACAACACAAUCUUGGAGUGGAAACUCCAUAUCAUCUCUCCCUACAAACUCUCCACAGCAUCUCAGCCACCACCACAUCAAGCGCAUGAACGAAAGUACGUACCGAGACAAAUGCAACCACCCGGAAAGCCGAAUCUCCAGCCGGAGAGUCAAAAAAGAAAAACCACGCACACAUUCCACAUGACUCAGACAUUUCAUCGAACACCUCUCCUGCACAUAUAAAUCCCACUCCCCCCAAAUCCAAUCCCCGCCAUCAAAUCAUCUCGAAAGCAGCAAGCAUUAAUUAACCACCAGACCACGUACACCAUGAGUCCUCUUCGCUACUCGGCAGCCGUGGUUAUCUUGGUCGUAGCCACCAUCGUCGGAGUAAUGGGCGCCAACGAGCCGGCGCCGCCGGCGUGCUCCACGGUGUACGACGAGCUGCAGCCGUGCAUCCCGUACUUCACCGGACGCGGGGACCCGGCGAAAGAUUGCUGCAGCGGGGUGAAGGCGCUGCAGCCGUACUCCAAGGCGAAGUCGAAUCGGGUGGCGAUCUGCCAGUGCCUGAAGUCGAUGGUGAAUUUGGUCCCGGGGGUCGAUUUGUCAGCCGCGUCCAAGCUGCCGAAGAAGUGCAACGUCAACGUCAAGCUUCCCAAGCUCUCUCUCGACAUUGACUGUUCCAAGGCCUGAUGAGUGAUGAUGAUGAUGAUGAUGAUGAUGCAGUCGGUGAGGAAUAAUGGAUGGAGUAGUUAUGACUAUUGAAAUAAUUCUAUAUCCUGCAUGGAAAAAUGAAGGGGGGAAAGUGUUUUAUUGGGUUUUUGGUUAUCGCGAGACGAUAUGUAUUAUGUAGCUCGUAUAUGAAACAAUAAAGUCAUGUUUGAUGAAUGAUGAGUCUUUGUUUUCUAUCCAAGUAUGGCUUGAUGUUUUGAAUUGGUGAAAAUUUGUUCGGAACUCACGACUCGUCUAUUAACGAGAUUCAUGAACUCGCUGGGCUUGUUGAGUUCAACUCAUAAGCUGACUCGUUUAGAGCUCGUUAAUAAACAAAUUGAGUAUGGGCUUGGCUCGUUUGAUUCGAGCCAAAAUUAGGAUAAAGUUUUACUCGACAUGACUCAUUUACAAUUCUAAAUACAUAUUUAAUCGAUUAAUUUAACAUACACGAUAUUAUAAAAAAAAAAAUAGGCUUAAUACACUCGCAUAGCCAUAACUAUUCGAGUUGUGACAACAAUAGCCACUUUUUACAAAAUACACAGAUCUAGCCAUUCUGUCCAUAAGAUUAAUGGCAAAGUAACGGAUGUUGACUAAAUAGAAGGUUAUUGGCUAAGUUGGAAUUUUUCGGCCACGUAAGAUGCCAGGUGGAUUAUGGAAAUCAUUUAAAAAAAAACGAAACAAAAAACUCACUUUACCUUUUUCGAUCCGUCACUUUACCAAUUACCAUUUCCAUCUACCUUUUCACCCACCCGAUAUCCUCUCCUUCUCCUUCUCCUUCUACAGUCGAACCUCCACCAGUUCUACCGAUCAACGGCGACGGCGACGGUGGAUUGAGAAGCAGAACCCACCCCUCAAUCCACCCACCUAUCCUGUUCGUUGAUCCGCCCCUUCAUCUCUGUUCGAUAGUCGACUGUGCCAUGCAUCAUCCGGGCUGGCGAGUAGAGAACUGAAGCAUCGCACCCCUCGACCAGUUGCAACGACGGCAACGAACCCUAAUCCACUCCUGAAUCAGGCGAAGAAGGCAACAUCGAAUCAGGCGAAGAAGGAAACGAAGGCGCCAUAGCUAACCCCAUUCCUCCGAGGAGUCCUCUGUGACAUGAUUCAGCUGAGAGAGGCGUCGGCAACUAGAGGACGAUGACAGAUUGAGUGGUUUGGGGGGGGGGGGGGGAACGAGACGGUGGCGGGGUUUUCAGGACGAGGCGACGACGCGGGGGAGGGAGGGGGGGGUUGGGGUUUGGGAUUGGAGUGCGACGGCGCGGGGGAGGGAGGGGGGGUUGGGGUUUGGGAGUGCGACGGCGCUGGGGGUUUCGGGUGGAAACCUAAAUGCAGAAGAGAAGAGAAUGGGGAUUUGGACGAACAGAGACGACGAAGAUGAAAGAGUAAAUAAGGUAAUUUUUUUAUUUAUUUCUCAAAGUGGUAAUGAUUUUUUUAUUUAUUUCUCAAAGUGGUAAUGAUCAAGUCCACGUCACCGCUGAUGUGGGCAAGGUCAGUCUACUUGGCGAUGACAUGGCGUCCAGGUGGAGGCCACGUAGGUGACACAAGGACGUUACUGACGGCGCGUCUAACGACGUUAAAGUUUUUUACGAAAAUGGCUAAAGUUGACAACAUAGUUUCGAAAAGGUGGCUACAUUUGGGAUUUUUUCAAAUUAUGGCUAUUAUUGUCACAACCCGAGUUUUUUUGGCUAUACAAGUGUAUUUUGCCAAAAAAAUAUCAUAACAACUUACUUUGAAAGUGACAAUAUCAUUAGUUAUAUCCAAAUUUCGGUAACCAUUUUAUUUGUUUCAUUCAUACUCUGUCUUUGUGUUAUUGUCUUCUUGAUAACAAUCAAAUAAGGACUUUGUAUCGACUUGAGUAAAGUCAUCUUCAAAAAAAAAAUUAUGGAAAAGUCAUCUUCAAUAUUCACAAAGGAAUAGAAACACCAAAAUACAAAUACAACGUAAGG